UUUUAAUUUCUUGGAGCCAACUUGAGGGGAAAAAAAAAAGAAAAAGAAAGAAAAAAUUUUCCUCAGGUUCUCAAGGGGUUUUGACAAAAUGGGUUACUGUACCUUAUGAUUCAUGCUUGUCUUAGAUUCAAAAUUUCUUCACUUCAAAAGACUUUCUUUACACAGAAAUCUGGGGUUUUCAGUUUCUACCGGGUAACAGAAUUUGAAACGGCCAGAUCCAUGGGGACCCUGGAAAGGCAUCAGCCAUUGAUGAGGUGUCUGGGUGGAUCUAUAGUUUUGGUUCUUUUGUCGUUGCAUAGGCAGUUCUCAGACCAAAAGACAAGAGGAUUUUCUUCCUUUGGACCUGGCAUCAAAAACUUGGAGCCGUUACCUCUGUCGUAAGGCAUGAAAGUGCCUUAAGCUGCAAAUCGUGGGUUUUGGUUGGCGUUUUGUCAUAUUCAUAAUACCUAGGUGAGAAAGUAACACAUUAAAGUAUCACAAAAUUAUGGAGUGCAACAAAGAUGAGGCAUUCAGGGCAAAAGAAAUUGCUGAAAGGAAGGUUACAGAGAAGGAUUAUGCUGGAGCUAAAAAGUUUGCUUUGAAAGCUCAAAAUUUGUAUCCUGGGCUUGAUGGUGUUGCCCAGAUGUUGACAACACUUGAUGUGUAUAUUUCUGCAGAGAAUAAAGUGAGUGGGGAAGCAGAUUGGUAUGGUGUGCUUGGUGUGAACCCAUUGGCUGAUGAUGAGGUGGUGAGAAAACAAUACAGGAAGCUGGCUCUGAUGCUUCACCCUGACAAAAACAAGUCGGUAGGUGCAGAUGGUGCUUUUAAGCUUGUUUCAGAGGCCUGGAGCUUGUUAUCAGAUAAGGCUAAGAGAUUAGCAUAUAACCAGAAGAUAAAUGUCAGGGGAACACAGCAGAAGUUUCCUGCACACAGUGGGGUUUCAUCAAUCCCACCCAGAGCAAAUGGCUCUCACAGUUCUAGUUCUACUGUAACUUCAAAUGCUAGGACUCAGAACAGUAAUAGCCGGGUAGGUCAAACCUCAUUUGCUUCUCCUUCUAAUAAAAAGCCUGCUACCUUUUGGACUGUUUGCAAUAGAUGCAAAACACAGUAUGAAUACCUCAGAAUUUACCUGAAUCACACACUUUUAUGCCCUAAUUGUCAUGAGGCAUUUUUGGCUUUAGAAAAGGCCCCACCUCCAAAUGUUUACAGGUCAUCAAAUUGGUGUAGCCAACAGAAGCAGGCUUCAGGGCAUCAUGCUACAAAUAAUAAUCAAUUUAACUAUGGAAAAAAUUCGUCUAGCAUGCAAAAUUCAGAACGUGAUGGAUUGGCCGGUCAUGGUUCAUCUAUUAAUACAAGCUUCCAAUGGGGUCCUUUCUCUGGGGCAGCUGGUGUUAGUGGCACUGUUGCACCACCUUCCACCAGUGCCGAAGCUGCAUGUGUUGUUCGGAAGGCACAAGAGAAAGUGAAAAGGGAGCGUGAAGAAGCCCUUAAAGCAGAGAGACUCCUGAAGAAGAGAAAAGAAGAUAUUCGUGUUAAUGGUUAUGUAGGUAAAAUGACAACUCAAACAACCAUGGGGAAUGGACCUUGCUUGGGAACGGGUGUUUUUGGAGUGGGAAGUAAUUAUGGGUAUUCUGGUAACUAUAACAAGCCCAUCAGUGAAAGAGAAUUGUCAUUGUUUGAAAUUCGAAACAUGCUGGUGGAUAAGGCUCGGAUUGUGAUUCGUAAAAAACUUAAGGAGUGGAGCUCAGUAACUGAAACACAAAGUGCUGACAAAGUUAAAGAGAAGAUCAGAGAGAAAGAAAAUAGGAAACAGAGGAGCAUGGCAAAUGGAGAUGCAUGUGAUACCAAUAAAGAAGAUCAAGGUAAGCAGUCUCCUGCUGCUUCUCCUGAUGACUCAGAUACUGGAAUUGCACUAUAUUCGAUGAAUGUUCCAGAUCCUGAUUUUCACAAUUUUGACUUGGAUCGAAGUGAAAGUUCUUUUGGAGAUGACCAGGUCUGGGCUGCAUAUGACGAUGAUGAUGGGAUGCCCCGCUUCUAUGCUCGAAUUCACAAGGUGAUCUCCUUGAAGCCUUUUAAGAUGAAAAUUAGUUGGCUUAAUUCAAGAAGUAGCAGUGAAUUUGGUUUGCUAGACUGGAUAGGCUCUGGUUUCUCCAAAACUUGUGGGGAGUUCAGAAGUGGCAGACAUGAAAUUAGUGAAACAUUAAAUGCUUUCUCCCACAAGGUUCAGUGGUCAAAAGGUAACCGUGGAGUAAUUAGAAUAUUUCCUAGUAAGGGGGAUGUCUGGGCCCUUUACAGGAACUGGUCUCCUGAUUGGAAUGAACAGACGCCAGAUGAAUUGAUACACAAAUAUGACAUGGUGGAAGUGCUCAACGACUAUAAUGAGGAACAAGGAAUCUCUGUGAUCCCUCUAAUCAAGGUUGCUGGUUUUAGGACAGUUUUUCAUAAGCAUAUGGACCCCAAGGAAGUCAGGAGGGUUCCGAAAGAAGAGAUGUUUCGCUUUUCCCAUCAGGUGCCUAAUUACUUGCUUACAGGCCAAGAAGCUCAUAAUGCUCCAAUGGGAUGUCGUGAGUUAGACCCAGCAGCCACUCCUUUGGAGCUACUUCAGGUAAUUAAUGAAGCCACUGAAGCACCUGUGAAAGACAAUUCUCGGAAAACUGAUAAAGAAACGUUAAAGAGUGCAAGAGAAGGUGAGGCAGAUGAACUGGUGGAGAUUUCAUCAAAAUUGCAGGAAUGAUAGUUUGUAGAGAAUAGCAAAACAGGCAAAGGAUGGUUAACCAAUGCUGCUUGCCGAGAGAAGCAUAGGAUGCUGAUGUGUAGAUGAUGCUGAAAAGGCUAAGAAUAUAGAAUAUGGAGACUGCUGACCACACCAGCUUGGUGAGUUUUGAUAUUGUAAUCUUGGUCCAAACUGUAGAAAUUGCGUUUUUUGUUGUGCCAUAGUUGGAUCCAAGAGCGGUCCAUGUUUUUGUAUUUUUGAUAGUAAAGCUUCAUUAAAAAACUCAUGCUUGAUUAUACUCAAAAUUUAAUAGGAGUUGCUUCUUGA